GAAAGUUUUUACUAUUAAAAUGUCUUCAAAGAAAAAUAAAAGCAAAUCGAAAAAGGCGAGUGAAGGGGAUAGUUCAGUUGUACUGAAGGAGGGCUCAAAUGACUCUUUAAGCCCGCAAACAGCUGGCCUGGACGGGGGACGCUGCAAAAGUCCAAACUCUUUCACUGUCAUCGAUUUCAUUGAAAAAGCUGAUGACAAAACACCAAAAAGUUGUAGGUCAACUUUAGCCCAACUUGGCCUCAAUUCAAUGAAGUCAGCCCAUGUAUGCAUCGGGAGACCAGUCCUGCUGACUAGCCCCACAGGACUACAAGAGGUGUGCUUGGGGUGGCCUGUUGCCUCCUUUCCAGGUGGAAAAGUCGGCCUUCAGAAGUGCGCCCAGAACAACCUGAGAGUGAAGUCAGGAGACGAGGUGGUGCUGCACCCGAUAACAGGUCCUGUGCUCCAGGCUCAAGAAGUGGUUCUCUGUAAUAGGUCAAAAGAUGACACACUAGACACAGAUGAAUUCAAGAACUUCUUUUUGAGGACUUUGGUCGGGAACAUCAUUCUGCCAGGAAAUGUCCUUUCCUUGAGUUAUUUUGGCCGGUCAUGCAGCCUCCGGGUCGAGACCAUUAGAGGGGAGGACGGCGUCACCCUCCAGAGACCGGCGCCUCCCCCAGGAAUGGGCCCUGACACAGAGGAGUCCUCUGUCAUGAACUCGGUGCUGGACUCCACGGCAGCUGACCUCUCCCUGCAGCUCAGCAUGCUUACUGUGGAUGACACCAGCGAUGUGGCACCAAGCACGCCUGGAGAGCCUGGUCCUACAGCCAGCACCCCACGCCGGCCAGCCGCCCUCCUUUCUGUCUCCUCACCUCUUGCUCCCUGCACGACUUCCUGCAACUCCCAGAAUCCUUCUGCAGAACCAGCAGAGACUGCAGUCAGUCUGGAGAGCUCUCUCAGUUUAGAGCAGGCAGAGAAAGUCUCCACAGCACCCUCUGCUGGUGCUUUGAGUACAGACACCUUCUACUGUCUCUCAUGCUCCACCAAAGUCAGUUUUAAAAGCAGAGCAGGGCAGCCAGAUCCUGAUGCUGACAACAAAAGGUCAAAGGUCACCUACAGCAUGAUAGGGGGACUCAGCAGCCAGUUGGAUGUCAUCAGAGAGACCAUUGAACUCCCUCUGAAACGCCCUGAGCUGUUUUCCAACUUUGGGAUCCCUCCUCCAAGAGGAGUUCUAUUGUAUGGUCCCCCGGGCACCGGAAAGACGAUGAUCGGCCGAGCCAUAGCCAAUGAGGUCGGAGCUCACAUGACGGUGAUCAAUGGCCCAGAGAUCAUGAGCAAAUUCUAUGGUGAAACAGAAGCAAGGCUGAGGCAAAUAUUCACUGAGGCGUCUCAGAGGCAGCCUGCGAUAAUCUUCAUUGAUGAGCUGGAUGCUUUGUGCCCAAAGCGAGAGGGAGCUCAGAAUGAGGUGGAGAAACGAGUUGUUGCUUCUCUCCUGACUCUUAUGGACGGCAUUGGUUCAGAGGGUCACUCGGGUCAGCUGCUGGUCUUGGGGGCCACGAACCGGCCCCACGCCCUCGACCCUGCCCUGCGCAGGCCAGGACGCUUUGACAAGGAGCUGGAGGUGGGAGUUCCUGGUGCUGCAGAGCGUGCAGAUAUUUUGCAGAGGCAGCUGAGUUCUGUCCCGUGUAGUGCAACCACAGAGGAGCUGACACAGCUGGCAGAUGCCGCACAUGGAUACGUUGGAGCAGAUCUCGCAGCUGUUUGCAAAGAAGCAGGUUUGCAUGCACUGAGGCGAGCACUGGGAGGUUCCCAUCAAGCAGCAUCAGACCAGCAGCUGAAAGGGAUGGUGACUGUCACUCUGCAGGACCUCCAGUGGGCCAUGUCUGUUGUGAAGCCCAGCGCCAUGAGGGAGGUUGCUAUCGAUGUCCCCAAGGUGCGCUGGUCAGAUGUUGGCGGAAUGGAGGAGGUGAAGCUAAAGCUGAAGCAGGCCGUGGAGUGGCCCCUGAGGCACCCCGAGGCCUUCACCCGCAUGGGGAUCCAGCCGCCUAAGGGAGUCCUGCUCUACGGGCCGCCGGGCUGCUCCAAGACCAUGAUAGCCAAGGCUCUGGCUAAUGAAAGUGGGCUCAACUUUUUGGCCAUUAAAGGUCCAGAAUUACUGAGCAAGUAUGUUGGGGAGUCUGAACGGGCUGUGAGAGAGGUGUUUCGGAAGGCGAGGGCCGUCGCUCCCUCCAUCGUCUUCUUCGAUGAGAUUGAUGCUCUCGCCAGCGAAAGAGGAAGCUCCUCGGGUUCCGGCGGCGUAGGCGACCGGGUCCUGGCUCAGCUCCUGACAGAGAUGGACGGCAUUGAGCAGCUCCGGGACGUCACCGUGCUGGCCGCCACUAACCGGCCCGACAUGAUCGAUAAGGCUCUGAUGCGUCCAGGUCGCCUCGACCGAAUCGUCUAUGUACCUCUUCCAGAUGCUCCGACCCGACUGGAAAUAUUUUCUCUCCAGUUCCGGAACAUGCCAGUGGCAGAAUCUGUGUCUCUUGAUGAUUUGGUGACUCGGACCAAUAAGUAUUCUGGAGCAGAGAUAACAGCAGUAUGCAGAGAGGCUGCCCUCCUGGCCCUACAAGAGGACAUCAAAGCUCAGCGCAUCGAGGCCAAACACUUUGAAAGCGCCCUGAACACUGUGAAGCCCCGGAUCCCCGACUCUCUCAUCCAGUCGUAUAUCAGCUAUCAGCAGCAGCGCAGCGGCCUGGGCUUCUUCUGACCACUCUGGGAUGGAAACAGUCAAAACAAAGCCUUUGUAAUUUUGUCAUUGUAAAAGUAUAGGCUUCCACCCGUACCAGUCUGCUGCUCUGUCCAGUGGGAAAUGUUGACCCGUGUAGCGACUGUGCCAACUGUUGUUCACGUUUUGACUAGAAAACUGUUUUCAAUUUGCAGGCCUUCAAGCCAAAGAGACAGUUUAGACCCUGAAAUCCUUGUUAACAUCUGGAUGUUCUGUAACAACACUCUGCACAGUUCAGCAGGACGCUGUUGUUUUAAUAUUUAGUUCUGAAGAAUCUGCUGUGCUGUCAUGUUUGAUUAUAUGAAAUCUUAGUCAUGUAUUAAAUGCAUUGUUUAUGUA